ACUGCCAAAAUUACAGUGGUUGACGUCACACCACAACGCCUACAAUAGCAGACCCACCAGGCAUCGCCGUCACUCAUGCUCUUUUACAAACUGGCUAUUUUCACCUCAUUCUCACCAAACCACAUCAACAACAAAACGAGCAUACAAGAUGCCUACCCUCUCAGAAGUCGUCAAACGCGACCAUGCGCGCAUCACCGACGCAUAUCACGUCCUCGUGGAAACCAAGCCCGAGGAGCGCAACGCCGAUGAGUUUGUUUGGGCCCUAGCCCGCUACCUUAUUGUCGAGAACCUCGCUCUUAUCCCAGCCUUGGAGUACCAUAUCUCCGGGGGAUCAGAACGACAGCGGCGGUUGUCUGAUGACUACAACAGUAUCAACGCGAAACUCCGCCACAUGGCCAAAUACGACCCAUCAGAGGAGAGCUUCGAGUCGGCACUCAAGGCCAUCUGGCUUGAUCUGGAGCCUCACAUCCGGGAAGAGACCGAUGGGGACCUUGACGAACUCGAACGCAAGAUGGAGCCUGAGGAUUCACGAAAGCUGGGGCAAAAGUACGAGACACUCAGAGACAUGUUGCAGCGUCCAUAUGGCGCGUUUGGGGUUCCAAAUGCUGAAAUCAUGGAUGACGUGCUUGGCACCACAAAAGAGCAGCUGAUGGAGAGAAUGGGCAACGGAAUCUGAUGGACAGGCCAACACCAUGAUAGGUAUACUAUUUACCUGGCCAGACAGAGACCUAAUCAUACUCAUAACCAAAGACUCUCUGCAGACCAUCAUGGAAGCGAUAGAAUCCACCAAUGUGAUGAAUUUAAGGGGCUAAAAAGGGGCGA